GGACGUGUUUGAGGGUAGAACCCGGAAAUCAGUCGACUUUCCAACAUGGUGACACCCAUGAAGACUAAUCUCUGAAGGAGACAUGUAACACAGGUUCCGAUGUUUUUCUAUUGACAUCACCAUCAUGAAGGGUGCAAACUGUCUGGUCCAGCUGCAGAGGCUUAUUAGGCUGCUGGGCCAGUCCGCCUCUUCUGCAGCCCAAUAUGGGGCUCUGCCCCAAUUUGGUCAUCCUCAUGUACUGCACAACACACAAUACCAGAUGCUGAGGCGUUUCCACUGCAGCCCUCUGUGCUCUAAAGGUCGGCGAGUGCCGGCAGAAUUCGUCAGUAAGGGCGAGAGCGAGAACCAAUCCGUGGUCCUUCCGGACCUCUUUGAGCAGCUGGCCCCGGAUAUCAAAAGCAAGGCCUCCUUCACCAAGGUGGUGGAAUUCUUCAACAAGGCCGACGUGAGACGGCGGGGUCACGUGGAGUUUAUCUACGCUGCUCUUAAGAGGAUGCCCGAGUUUGGCGUGGAGAAAGACUUGGCCGUCUACAACAAGCUCCUGGAUGUUUUUCCCAAGGAGGUGUUUGUGCCCACAAACUUCAUCCAGCGCAUGUUCAACCACUACCCCCGACAGCAGGAGUGUGCGGUGCAGAUACUAGAACAGAUGGAGAACUAUGGAAUCACACCGAACAUGGAAACUAAGGUGCUGCUGGUGCAGAUAUUUGGAGAGAAGGGUCAUCCUGUGAGGAAAUACCAGCGCAUAAUGUACUGGUUCCCUAGAUUCAAACACGCCAACCCCUUCCCCAUCCCACAUCAGCUGCCCGAAGACUCAGUGGAUCUGGCUCGCUUCAGCCUCAAGCGCAUCGCCAAUGACCUGGAUGCUGCUGUCACUGUUUAUCAGAUGCCCAUCGUCACAGAGAGUGGGAAUCAGACCACUCUUCCACUUAUAGUAGGCAUCCAGAGUCCCAACCAGAUGGAGCUCCUAGCCAAACAUAACCCCAGCAAGCCAGUGUUUGUGGAGGGACCCUUCCGGCUGUGGCUGAGGAAAACGUGUGUCCACUAUUACAUUCUCCGAGCUGACCCCACGCCGCCCGAGGAGAAGGUGGAGGAACCCUAUGAUCCAGAGCGCUCCUUCGGCUACCCUCUGCAGCUCGACCUCAGCUAUGACCGUGACUUGGGAGACUUAGAGACGUUUGACGUAGAAGACCUGGAUGAAGGGCCUGUGUUUGCCAUGUGUAUGACCAGCCAGCGAGACCAGGCCACCCUCAACCAGUGGAUCUCCGGCCUCCAGGAGACCAACCCUAUCCUGGGUCACAUCCCGACCCUUUUUCGCCUGGAAUCCAGCCCCACAGAGCUCCAGGCCGGAGCCCAGAAAGACACGGACCAACAUCACGGCAAUGGUCCGGAAACCCAAAGGGACAAGUCCACCCUAGAAGAGGAAGAAGAGGAGCUGAAAAGUAGCAGUGGGAUGACGAGGUGAGGAAGACAUCCCAUCAUGAAGUAGGAGGAACUGGCUCUGAAUGACUCUCAAUAAGUUAUAUGGACAAAAUGCAGAAACAACAAAUAAAUUCACAACAAGGACGAGUCACAUUUGUCUUUGUUUCCUAACCUAGCAAAAUCAGACCUUACAGAAAGUAGAAAAUAUUUUAUUUCUUGAAAGGCAUUUGAAAACAUUCCCUUUGAACUGGUAAACAAGACACUUGGAGAGGAUCCCUUGCAGCCAUUGACAAGAAGGAAUUAUCUCCAGCAAAGCCAAUGAUGCAAUAAAUAAUAAAUAAAGGUUACUGAAAAAUGUGGACAUUUGGCAUCUCAAAUACAGUAUCUUUGUAUUUACAACUGUCACAUACCUAACCAGGGCCUAUUAAUUGUAGUUAUUAUUGUGUAUUGGAUGCAUACAAAUACAGUGGUACCUCGGUUUUUGUGUACUCCGCUUGACAAAAAUGAUUGCUAAAAAUGUCUAUUUUCAUAUAAUGCCUGUUAUAACACCGAACUUUACAAACUAGUCUGCCAUUCAGAAUCCCCACGCAGUUACGACUCCGAAGAAUCGAUAGUUUUUACAGUUGGCACACUAUAGACAGAUGGCAGCCCGGUAAUCUUUUAAUCAUCUUUAUUGUGUGUUUGUGGGUUGUUAAUUUGUUCAUAGAACGCACACAGACCGAUGAACAAUUCCGUGUCUCUCAUUUCUUCCUAUUAAGCACUGUGUUCCUUGUGUGGAUGGGUCCUUCGAGCGCACUACGUAUUUCUCAGUUUUAGGCAAAUACCCUUUCAGUCUGUGCUUUUCUUAUUGAGUGCGGCUGCAAAAUACCCCACUACUGGGCCGAAAAAUGUUACAAGUGACAGCACUUUGAUAAAGGUGAGAAACACUAUUGAAUUCGAGAAAGAACUCAGAAGUACUAAAUGUAUCAUCUGUUACUAUAGGAUUGUCAUGUAAAGGUUCCUAGUUAAGAGGUUUCAGAGGGAAAAUAUUAACAGAGGACACUACAAAAAAGGAAGCCAGGCUGCUGCUGACAUAUACAGUAAAGUUCAAGUGGGCAAGUUUACACAUCUAACCUCUUUAAAGUUAACUUUGUAAAGGACUACACUAGAAUGAAACAUACUGUAUAAGGUCAAGCAAACAUGCUGUGUCGUAGGUUCAGCAUGUGGUCAGUUUCCUUGAAGAUCACACUUUUUAAAGCGUAUUGCCCACCUGUGGUGUCGGUGUACACAAGCCAGUGUUAGAAAGCUCAUAGUGGCUUACAAUGACAGCAUAAGGCUGCUGCUGAGAGCCUCAAGGAGCUCCAGUCCAAGCCAAAUAUCAGUGUUGGGGUCCCGACCUGUUCUGCAACUUUAUGUAAUCUCAUGUAUAGGUUCAUGUGUAUAACAGCUGAGUAUGAA